UCAUUUUCCUGUUUUUCAGUUUUAAAAAGAACAUUUUCACUGCAUAAAGCACAUGCGAUAAAGGAUAUGGAAAAUACUUUUCAGUUGGUGAGAGAUAUUAUACCUCCUCUAACUACCAAGAAGCACAAAGGGCAAGAUGGAAGAAUAGGCAUCGUUGGAGGCUGCCAAGAGAGAAACUACGGGGCCCUGAUUGAGCUCUUCAGUGCGGCGCUGAGGCGGUCGGGAGCCCGGAAGUCCGCCAGACGGCUUUGGUUCCGGCGGCAGCGGCCGGGAGCCCGGAAGUCCGCUGAUGGCUGUGGGUCCUUGCUGGGUGGCAGUCCGGGCCUGCCGGCGAGUCACACGUUAAGUCAGCCUCUUGUACUCGUUUCUCAGGGUGCAGAUUUAUCCCACGUGUUCUGUACCCGAGAGGCCGCACCUGUGAUCAAGUCGUACAGCCCGGAGCUGAUUGUUCAUCCGGUUCUUGACAGCCCUGAUGCCGUGCGUGAAGUGGAAAAGUGGCUGCCCCGACUGCAUGCCCUGGUUGUAGGGCCUGGCUUAGGUAGAGAUGAUUUUCUUCUUGGAAAUGCCAAGGGCAUUUUAGAAGCAUCAAAGGCCAGAGGUGUCCCCGUCAUCAUUGAUGCAGACGGGCUGUGGCUGGUCGCUCAGCAGCCGGGCCUCAUCCAAGGCUACCGGAAGGCUGUUCUCACUCCCAACCAUGUGGAGUUCAGCAGACUCUCUGAAGCUGUGCUGAGAGGCCCUGUGGACAGCAGUGAUCGCCGUGGAGCUGUGCUGAGACUCAGCCAGGCCCUGGGGAAUGUGACCGUGGUCCAGAAAGGGGAGCAGGAUGUGAUCUCUGAUGGGGAACAGGUGCUUGAGUGCAGCCAGCAGGGCAGUAACCGCAGGUGUGGUGGGCAAGGAGACCUCCUCUCGGGCUCCCUGGGCGUCUUCGCGCACUGGGCACUCCACACCGGACCUGAGAAAACAAAUGGUUUCAGCCCCCUCCUCGUGGCUGCCUUCGGCGCAUGCACCCUCACAAGGCAGUGCAACCACCAAGCCUUCCAGAAACAUGGCCGCUCCACCACCACCACCGACAUGAUUGCAGAAAUUGGAUCUGCAUUCAACAGACUCUUUGAAACGUGAGCCAGUGCAAACAGGAAGAAAGCAGGCACCAUGAUGAGAGAGACUGCAUUCAUAAUGGGACAGUGCACGUCUGGGAUGCAGUGGUCAAUGUAGAGAAUUUAAGAAUGCAGCAAAUUUUGGUUAAACUAAUAUGCAGUUUGAGAUGUUAGAAUGAACCCUAAACAAAGUAUUCCUGAACUUUUUCUUAGCUUCUCAGCAAUAACUGAGAAAAAAAUGGAGAAUCACUUGAGAAUGAGAAAGUCUUUGACUAGCUCAGCUGAAUUUGUGGGCGUGCUCCAAGAUCGCAGACUUCCGGGGUCGUCUCUGAGUUUAGGUCUUCUCAUUCCCUCUGCUGACGCGCUGCUUGCUCCUUUUGCUUAUGCCGUACGUUCCCCUUACGAGAUGGUCCUCUUGGAGGGAGCCAGUCGGUCAUUUCCAAAUGCCUGUGUGAAUGAUGUGUUUUUCUUUUUUAACUGAGACCCACCAAAGGAUGUGGCAUUCAUUCUUUAGCUCAUUUUUGUUUUUAAAAUAGUGAUUAUGUUAAAGCGGUCUGGGCAGAAAUACUAAGCAUUGGUUAUUUUGGUUCAUUGGUUCAAGUAUUCACAAUAGGCAGUGAUCAGUUUGGCCUUGGAAACCCUUUUGGAGGCACUGUGGGAAAAUCAGAGAAGGUCACUUAAUGGGACACUGACACCUGAAUGGACGAGUGGGGGCUCUUGUGUCUUAUACUUCUCCUUGUCUGUGCGCACAAGUGCAUGUGGUGGCUGUUGGGGCCCAGCAGAGCAUGCGUGAGUGGGAGGGACACCCAAGUGUCACCAUGCUGUUGUUCCUGAGAUGGCCCAUCGGUGUGCCCUCGUGGGUGGAAAGCUUCGGGAUGCAUCAAGGAGGCCUUGGGGAACUGAACUUUGUGGUCAUGCCUGCUUCCCGCGCAGAACAGCGGUCCUUGUGGUUUGAAAGUGGGUGGGUCCUCAGGAAGAUUCAGAUUCCAUUAAAGAAGCUGAUACUCUGAAAUUGUAAUAAAUGAGAUUGUAUUGUC